CAUCAGUUACAAAACAAGUUUUAUAGAUAACAGUCCACAUUAGAAAUACGAUCAACUUUUUAUUGAGAUACUCAUUGAACAAUGAGAUACUUAAUGUUAUUCGGUUUCAUAAGCUGUGUCUUGUCAUCAGAAGAAAUAUCCCCAAGAAUCAUAAUUGUCGGCUCUGGCGUAUCUGGUAUCGCUGCAGCUUCAAGACUCAUUCAAAAUGGAUUCAACAAUAUUACUAUAUUUGAAGCAGAAAAUCGAAUGGGUGGAAGAGUUUAUUCUGUUGAAAUCGGUGAGUAUUUAGCUGACUUCGGAGGUGAAUGGGUAACGGGAGAAGUUGGAAAUGUUGUAUUUGAACUAGCUUGGCCAUUAGGACUGUUACAAAGAUCUGAUGAUAACAAAGAAUGGACUCAAACAAUUAGAAUGUUUGGAUCUUCCGGUAAUGAAAUACCUCAACAUGUAGUGACUCCAUUAAUGGAAUUCUUUGAUGAUUUAACGAGUUCUAACCAUGGUGGUAUUGAUGAUUUAAAAACGGGCUCAUUUGGUGAAUAUGCUGAAAUAAAAAUAAAUGAAUAUUUCAAAAAUCAUUCAGAAAUAACGGCUGACCUGCACCAGCCCCUGCUACAUUUAUUAGAACUGUUGAAAAUGGCGGACGAUGCGGCAAUAAGUUGGAAUGAAGUUUCGGCAGUAAAAGUAUUAAAUUACCCAGAAUGUGAAGGCGAUCAAGUAAUCAAUUGGAAAGAACGUACAUACUCUACUAUUUUAGAUAUACUUAUGAAAAAAUAUCCAAAUCCAGAGGAAGAACUUCCAAUAAGAAAUCUAACUAAACUGAAUACCAAAGUAAUUGAAAUAAAAUUUGAUGAAACUCCCAUAAAGGUAACAACGGCUGAUGGAGAAGAACAUUUUGCUGAUCACGUGAUAGUAACACCAUCUUUAGGUGUUUUGAAGAAAAAUUACAACAAAUUAUUUAAUCCGCUGUUGCCUGAAAAUAAACUUAACGCAAUUAAAAAUCUUUCAUUCGGAGGUACUGCUAAAAUAAUUAUUUAUUAUGAAAAUCCUUGGUGGUUAAACGAUCCAAUAUUUGGCCGGAGUAUAUAUUGGACUGAAAAAGACAGAAAAGAAUUAGAAAACGAUCCUCAGAAAAAAUGGAUGCUUGGUGUGUCUCUAUGUACUAGGAUUGAGCAUAAACCAAAACUGCUUCUUUUCUGGGUAAGUGGACCUUACGUACGUGAAAUGGAACUCACUCCGGAAGGAUUAUUUCAAGAGCAAGUAAAACAGCUCAUGAAUAAAUUUUUUGGAAAAACUUAUAAUCUAACUGAGCCGACUAUAAUAAAAAGAACCCUUUGGAACACAAAUGAAAACUUUCUUGGAACGUACAGUUUCCCCGGAAUACAAGACUCUAUUGCUGGUGCUCGUACCGAAGAUUAUGCUGAACCACUCAUGCAAAAUGAUAAACCUAUACUGCUCUUUGCUGGAGAAGGUACAUCUAUUCAUUACGGUAUGGUCAAUGGUGCAAUUGAAACAGGAUGGCGUGAAGCUGAUCGCUUAGUAAAUUACUAUAAUAUAAGAAAUUAAUGAAAAUUUAUUUGAUAAUAAGAAAAAUGAUAUACUUAUGGACAAAUUAUAAAAGAUAAUUUGUUUUUUCAUUGUUUCAAUAAAAAAUUCUUCAAACAGCUAA